AUGCGCGCUCUAUCCGUGACUUUGCCCGUGAACAGUCCUUCAGAUUCUUCCACCCUCACCCAAGCGCAGGUAUACGCAGGCCUCCAGGUCAAGGCUCGCGACGCGACACCCUUCGUCGCGCCUAUUGCCUCCUGCGAAGUACUUCGUGAGUUUCCGACGGGGCUUGUGCGCCGUGUGCAGUUCAAGGGCGAUCCCGAGUACAAGACGGAGCAAGUAGAUUUUUACCCGCCUUCACUCAUGGAGUUCACUUUGCACGAGUCGCCAGCCUAUGUCACCAAUCUGAUCAGCUCGUCGCCGGAGGGUGACCUCUACCUCACGUUCACCUUCGCCACGGGCCCAAAUGGCCCGCUCGACGAGAGCGAGACGGCGCUUGAGACAGAGAAGACCAAGCGACGGCAGGUAGCGGGCGUAAUUCAGCACACGCUGGACGUGAUUCGGGAGAUGGUGCGGUCAGGCGAGAUUGCCAAAUAG